CUCCGCCCACAGCGCCCCACUUCCGGGUCACCGCUGGCCGACGGCCUCCAAUGCCCCACUUCCGGGUGAACGACGUCACGUCCGGCCUAGUUCGGCAGCGUGGAGACCUGCUCAGCACCGUGAGGCACAGGCUCCCUGGAGGAUGGGGCGCAAACUAGACCCCAGCAAGAGGCAGGUCCGAGGGCCCGGCAGGAAGGCCCGCAAACAGAGGGGGGCCGAGACCGAGGUCCCUGCCGAGCUGCUGGAGGACCAUCAGCCAGAGACCCGACGCCUCAGGAGUCGCCAGAGGAAACGGGCCCUGAAACGCACCCGCCUGGCAGCAGGGGCUUGCGAGGAGCAGCCGGUUCAGGAGAAGAGGAAACGGGCUUCAGCUGCCGCCCCCCGGGGUUUCGGCGAUGAGAACGGCCAGCGGCUGCAGCCGAGGGGGGAGAAGCCGUCCCCGCAGGAGUCCGGACAGACCGGGGCGCCCCGGGCCCGGCUGCUCUCCUUGGGCUCCGACGAGGACGAGGAGGAGGAGGAGGAAGGUGCACCCUCAGUCUCUGACUCUGGCAGUGACCUGCCGCUCGAUGACUUCGGGGUCUGCUCGGACGAGGACGAGGGGGACGAAGAGGGGGAGGAUGAGGAGCUCUUGCCGAUCGAGCGGGCCGCUGAGCGCAUGAGGAAGAAACAGAAAUCAGCGCAGACUCGGGCAGUCAAAAAGGACGGAGGGACAGUGGCUGAGGAGGAAGAGGAGGAGGAGGUGAAGAUCAACGUGGCAGAGGUCGAGAGGUUCACACUGCCGAGUGGGCAGGAGAUUGCCCGGGAAACCAGCCAGCCCCCGGACCUGAAGCUGAUCUUCCAGAGGAUCCAGGACACCCUGGAGGUGCUGGCGGAUUUCCGCGCGAGACGGGAGGAGGGCCGGGACCGGCAGGAGUACCUGCAGGUCCUCCGCAGAGACCUGGCCACCUACUACAGCUACAACAGCUACCUGAUCGAGAAGCUGAUGGAGUUGUUCCCUCUGCCCGAGCUGCUGGAGUUCCUGGAGGCCAGUGAGGUUCAGCGACCCGUGACCGUCCGUACCAACACCCUGAAAACCCGCCGGCGAGACCUGGCCCAGGCACUGAUCAACCGCGGGGUGAACCUAGACCCGCUGGGCAAGUGGUCCAAGACUGGCCUGGUCAUCUUCGACUCUGCCGUGCCCAUCGGAGCCACCCCCGAGUACCUCGCAGGCCACUAUAUGCUCCAGGGUGCCUCCAGCCUGCUGCCAGUGAUGGCCCUUGCCCCUCAGGAGGGAGAGGUGCUCCUCGACAUGAGCUGUGCCCCGGGGGGGAAGACUACCUACUGCGCUCAGUUAAUGAAGAACACGGGGGUGAUUGUGGCCAACGACCCCAGCGCAGAGCGUCUGCGCAGUGUGGUGGGGAACCUUCAUCGGCUCGGUGUCACCAACACCAUCGUCUCCAACUGCGACGGCAGAGACUUCCCCAAGGUGAUGGGGGGAUUUGAUCGGGUACUGCUGGACGCGCCCUGCAGCGGGACCGGUGUCAUCUCAAAGGAUCCCAGUGUCAAGACCAACAAGGAGGACAUUGACAUUAAGAAGUGUGCUCAGCUCCAGAAACAGCUGCUGCUCUCGGCCAUCGACUCUGUGGAUGCGAACUCCCAGACGGGCGGUUACCUCGUCUACUCUACCUGUUCCAUCACGGUCGAGGAGAACGAGUGGGUUGUGGACUACGCUUUGAAGAAACGUAACGUAAAGCUUGUAUCCACGGGUCUGGAGUUUGGCGUGGAAGGUUUCACAAAGUUUCGGGAGCGGCGGUUUCACCCCUCCCUCAAGCUCUGCCGUCGCUUCUACCCGCACACCCACAACAUGGACGGGUUCUUCGUGGCCAAGCUCCGCAAGUUUGCCAACUCGCUGCCGCCGGCCCCUGCCCCUGCCCCUUCCCCGGCCCCCUCCCCCGCCGGGGCACAGGCCAUGCCCGCGCCCGCACCGGCAGACCCCGUGCCCGAGAAAGGCAGGGCCCCAGCCAGCGGGCACCCCCGCCGCAGGAUGGGCACAGCGUCCAGGAUGCAGAAGGCCCUCCAGUUACGCAAGAUGAAGGCAAAGUUCAGGAGGAAGAAGGCUUUGUGAGGGGAGGGGGGCUGCACGCUGGCCUGGGAGUCUGUUUUUAUAUAGAAUAAAAAUUGGU